AGCAGCUACGCCAAAAUGUCCGACAUCGAAAAGAUGAUCGGCGGCGACUACGCCCAGCUCACCAACACCAAUAUUCGCAGCUUUGGCUGGAAGGGAGUCUCAGUCACCGUCAAGGACCGCCAGUCGCAGCAGCCCAAGACCAUUCUGUCCGACAUCAAUGGCAUCGUCAAGGCCGGAGAGCUGCUCGCCCUGAUGGGACCUUCCGGUUCGGGUAAAUCAACCCUCAUGAACGUCCUGGCUCACCGCACACACUCCCUGGCCGCCAACGUCAAGGCUGCAAUCUACAUCAACGGCUCAGCAGCAAACCCGAAAACCUUCCGUCGAAUUUCCGCCUACGUCGAGCAAGAAGAUGCCCUGGUCGGAUCUCUCACGGUCAGAGAAACCCUCAACUUUGCGGCGCGUCUGUCGCUGCCAAAGACCGUCAGCAAGCUCGAGCGCAUCCAACGCAUCGAAGCACUGCUGACUGCCUUUGGCUUGCAAGGACAAGCCAACAACCUCAUUGGAACACCGAUUAGGAAGGGUAUUUCUGGUGGUCAGAAGCGUCGUGUCUCUGUUGCCGCCCAGCUCAUCACCAGCCCGAAACUUCUCUUCUUGGAUGAGCCCACCUCGGGUCUGGACUCGGCUGCUUCUUUUGAAGUCAUUUCCUUCGUCAAGGACAUCGCCAAGAAACACAACGUGAGUCCCUUGAUCGUGAUUGCCUCCAUACAUCAGCCUUCAACCUCGACAUUUGCAAUGUUCGACAAGCUGUUGUUACUCUCGCAAGGAGGCACAGCCUACUCCGGCCCGGUAUCUGAAGUGCAGCCAUACUUUGAUGCCUGCGGCUUUCCCAUCCCGCUCUACAUGAACCCGGCAGAGUUUAUCAUCGAUUUCGUCAACACUGACUUUGCGAGGGAUCGAAGCGAGGUUGACCAGCAACUUAACAUGGUGCACUCAUCCUGGCACAAAUCUCGACUCGCCACAGCAACUGUAACCGAGCUGACUGAUGAAAUGGCUCGCAAUUCCAUGGACACCGAUAUCAACGCAGAGACCAAGGAGGAGAGCGCCGGCCCACUCGCCAUCCCAUUGGCUUUGAUCCAUCGAUCAUUCAUCAAGUCGUAUCGCGAUAUCAUCGCGUACGGCAUUCGGAUUGCCAUGUACAUGGGUCUGGCAGUCAUGAUGGGUACCGUCUGGCUGCGUCUGAACCCAGAUCAGGGCAACAUCCAGUCCUUCAUCAACGCCAUCUUCUUUGGUGGCGCUUUCAUGUCGUUCAUGGCUGUUGCUUACAUCCCGGCUUUCUUGGAGGAUCGUGCACUGUUCAUCAAGGAGCGCGCCAACGGUCUCUACGGUCCCAGUUCCUUUCUCUUGGCCAAUUUCGUGACUGGUAUUCCUUACCUGUUCUUGAUCGCCAUGCUGUUCUCGAUCGUCGCCUAUUGGUUGUCUAACUUCCGACCGACUGCGCAGGCCUUCUUCACCUGGGUCAUGUGGCUCUUCCUGGAUCUCAUUGCCGCCGAAUCUUUGGUCGUGCUCAUCAGCUCUCUCAUCCCCAUUUUCGUCGUUGCUCUCGCCGGAACAGCGUUUGCCAAUGGCCUCUGGAUGUGCACAGGUGGAUUCCUCGUGCCACCACAGACGCUCAACCCAUUUUGGCGCUACGUCUUCCACUACAUUGACUACCAAUCCUACGUCUUCCAGGGUAUGAUGGUCAAUGAGUUCGGCCAACGAAACUUCACGUGCGGCCAGAACUCGGCGGGCCAAUGCUCAUGCAUGUACGAGACGGAGCUCGCAGACCAGUGUCUCAUUGCCGGCACUGGUGUGCUCAAGAACUAUGGCUACAAAACGGGCGAGACCGGAAAAUGGGUCGGCAUCAUGAUCGGCAUCAUUUGCGGCUACAGAAUACUCGGGUGGGCCACUCUCUAUCUGAGAAGAAGCUAAGAGGCUUCUACGACUUCCUUGCACAUAUUUCUCCGAGUCUUCUUGUUUGUUGCAGCAUGUUUCGAGAAGAAGCGAUUUUACGAGGUGGGAAUCAUCAGGCGAGGACUUAAUUGGCUCAGUGCGCCAGUCCACUACUUGACAGUCAUGUACGCGAAAUGCCUUUUCAUGGCUAUGACCAGGGAGUUUGGUAAAAGGAAACCGGAAAAGGAGCCCGACAGAGGCUGUUUUGCACACCUUCACUAGAUAUCAGCCACCUGAUCAUUCACC